CGGCAAGAAAAGAUAUCCGCCAAUAGCAAUUCGAGGCCAGCCCCCCUUUUUUCCUCCUGCUGCUAUCGGUACGACGUGAACAAUUUGUAUCCCGCAGCAGAGGUUCUUUUUAUUAUAAAAUAGAGUUAAAAUAAUGGCAGCCCAAUGGAUACGCAGAGCCAUAUCUCCAAAGAUUGGCAGGGGAAGGUUCUAUAGCAGUGAUGUCAAAAAGUGCACCCUGAUUCCUGGCGAUGGUAUCGGCCCCGAGAUUUCAGCUGCUGUUCAGAAGAUUUUCGACGCUGCUAAGGUCCCGAUAGAAUGGGAGUCUGUAGAUGUGACACCAGUCAGAGGCCCCGAUGGUAUGUUUGGCAUCCCACAAGCAGCCAUCGACUCGAUAAAUAGAAAUCAAAUUGGAUUGAAAGGACCUCUUAUGACUCCUGUCGGAAAGGGUCAUCGUUCACUAAAUCUUGCGCUCAGGAAAGAGUUCAACCUCUAUGCAAAUGUGCGUCCCUGCCGCUCUCUAGAAGGUUACAAGACCCUUUAUGAUGACGUGAAUGUAGUUACAAUCAGAGAAAACACAGAAGGCGAGUACUCUGGUAUUGAGCAUGAAAUCGUUGAUGGGGUUGUCCAAUCCAUCAAGCUCAUCACAGAAGAAGCAUCUCGCAGAGUUGCAGAGUUUGCCUUCCAGUAUGCCAAAGACAAUAAUAGGAAAAAGGUGACAGCAGUCCAUAAAGCAAAUAUUAUGCGUAUGUCAGACGGUCUGUUUUUGAAGUGCUGUCGAGAAGCUGCCCGUAAAUUUCCAUCAGUGAAAUUUGAAGAGAGAUAUUUGGAUACCGUGUGCCUGACCAUGGUUCAAGAUCCAGGGCAAUACGACGUUCUCGUCAUGCCGAACUUGUACGGUGACAUUCUUUCUGACAUGUGUGCUGGUCUUGUUGGUGGAUUAGGACUCACACCUAGUGGUAACAUUGGCCUUAACGGAGCCCUUUUUGAAUCCGUACAUGGAACAGCACCGGAUAUAGCUGGACAGGACAAAGCUAAUCCUACGGCGCUUUUAUUGUCUGCAGUUAUGAUGUUGAAAUACAUGGGUCUCAACGAUCACGCGAGAAUCAUCGAAUUCGCAGCAUACGACACCAUAAAAGAUGCUAAAUUCUUAACCGGUGAUCUUGGCGGUAACGCGAAGUGCAGCGAGUACACAGACGAAAUUUGCAAAAAAAUAUUAGCCUCAAAGUAAGCUAGAGAUUAUAUGAAUCUGAAGCGUACUACUGAAUACUCGUAGAAUUCGUAAAGACGAUAACGAUGGUGGUUUAAAUCGCCGCAAUUCGUUUUUAUUUCGUAAUUUUAUUUUUAGACUUUACUUCGCCAAAAAAAAAAGAGAUCAAGGGUCAUUUGAUCACGAGUAACAAAUUUUGUACGACAGCUGUACAAUUAAAAACUUAUCAGUCUUUAACUGCGCGUGUUGAAUGCCUGAGAUAGAACAUUUGUAUUCCUAGUGAACCAACUAUACAUAUAUUGUUAUGCUAAUUGUACAGAAAAACCUGAAACUAACUGUCGUUAAUGUUAUAUGAAAAGCCGACAGGUAACUAAAUCCAAGACGCAUUUAAUAUUGUUUUACCAAGAACGGUAUUAGCGUUCGCUCGAAAUAAUAAAUCAUCAUUGAUAAUAAGUAAUGAUGAAUUUAAAACGGAUCAGAGUUUUUCUUACAUCAACUACGUUUUAGCAAAUAAAUCAUUAUUCAUAGUCGAAGGCGUUUCAAGUCUUAGUGAUUCCUGUAUAAAGUAGCGAGACGUGUAAUUUAAGAAUGUCAUUUACAAUAAAUGAAUAGAUAAAUAAAUAACGUGUAAAAAAAUAAUUAUCGUUGUAUGGCAGGCGAGACCUAAUCAGCUAUUAUAUUGUGCAGUAUUAAAAUAAACGUUCUGCAGACCGCA